GUUCCCGCAGAUGUCUCAAGCUAACCACCACCGAGUGGGUGGCAACGACACAGCAGUUUUUUGCUUCUUGCGACGUGUGAUUGGUUUAGUAUGGUAACACAGAGGAGGUGCUGGGUUUGGCUCUUUUAUUAUGGUAACUGCAUGUUGCAAAAGGGGCUGCUCCCAGCCUAGUCAGUUUCUCUCUUGCAACUGACCAGCGCGAUGUGAUCGGUCUCUGUGGGAUUAUUUUUCAUAUGGAGCGGCAGCCUGUAGUCCAAAUAACCUCCUGCUCAAGGGGAAACAUGCUCUAAAACAGAACCUACCCAUUCUGAGAGUAACGUUCCCUUGGUUUUGACUACAAAAAGAGAGACCUACUCCAUAUUAGCCACCUGAUCCGACACUUACCUGAUACGUAGUAGAACCUGGCUCCAGUCCAUGUGCUGCAUGAUUCAGGUGAAGGCUUGGGCCAUCCUACAGUUUAGGUUUCUGCCCAAGCCAGCGACUGCACGUGAGUCACUAUGGCAACCAAGCAGCCCCCACCUUUGAUGAAGAAGCACAGCCAGACGGACCUAGUGAGCCGACUGAAGACACGGAAGAUCUUAGGAGUUGGAGGGGAAGAUGAUGAUGGGGAGGUUCAUAGAUCAAAGAUCAGCCAAGUCCUGGGUAAUGAAAUAAAAUUUGCUGUGCGGGAACCUAUUGGACUCAGGGUCUGGCAGUUUGUCUCUGCCAUCAUAUUUUCGGGGGUUGCCAUCAUGGCUUUCACUUUCCCUGAUCAGCUCUACGAUGCCAUCUUUGAGGAGGAAUCGGUCAACACUAAGACUCCCAUCCGGCUGUAUGGAGGAGCCCUUCUCAGUAUCUCCCUUAUUAUGUGGAAUGCCCUAUACACAGCUGAGAAGGUCAUUAUCCGUUGGACUCUACUUACAGGAGCCUGCUACUUCACAGUACAGUUUCUAGUUACCACCAUCACCCUGGUCGAGAGCAGCCGAAUAUCCACAGGUGCCAUGCUCCUCCUUGUCAGCCUGGCUAUCUUCGUCCUCAUCAGCAUUUACUAUUAUUACCAAGUUGGACGCCGGCCCAAGAAAGUUUAAUUCCCAGGGCUUCCUGGGCUGGGAGUGGCAGGGGUCUGUGUCGGUAAUUCUGCAUAAUUUUCUGGUAGUCCCUUUUGUUCGAAAGCAACUUCCUUCUCUUUCCUCUUACCGGCAUGAAUCGGUCUGUAAACCCAGUGCUGGUGCCAUUACUAGACAAGGUGCAGGGAAGGAUCUGAGACACACAGGACCCUCAAUUCCUGUCUGGAGAAGGCAAGUGAAUAGGUUGAGGGAGGCUAACAAGGUGUAAAGGCUAGGCUGGCUCAGGGAAAGGGGCUGGUUUUACUGAGGAAACUGAGGAAUCACCGCUCCAAAUCCUUUGAACAAAGCACAAAAUAGAAAUAGCACAUUGAAACCAAAUCCCAAAGGAGAGAAGGACCCGAGGAAGCCAGCAAAGGACUCAUCUCAUCCCUGUCAAUCCUGGGCCCCUUAACUGGGGCCAUCACUCAUAUUCCCCUUUUGAGUGAGCAUAUUUCAGGUAAUCUAGAACCAACCCAGGCCAGUGUCUUGGGGUGGCACUAAUUGGAUAGCUGUUUCUGUGGCUGAGUAAUUUUUAUUUUUUCCCUAAGGAAAUACUACAUGGUAUAUUUAACCUGGCAACAGGUGUUAUGGAAAUGCAAGCAGGGGACACCUGAUUAGACACAGAGAAACAAGAGGAAGACUCAAUCAUAUUCCCUAUUUUAUCACAGACCAUCUGCAGUUCUAUUAAAACUCAGAGCCAUGCUACCUCCAAAUCUAAAGCCAAAGGGAUCUCUACAGAAGAAUAUGGAGCAAAAGGGUAUUGCUGUUGUGGUAAAAGAAAAAUAAUACUUAAGAGUGUACUGGGCAAGAAAUGUGAGAUGGAGGCUGAAGAGCUCCAAACAGGCCUUAUAGCCUGAAAUUUCUCUGAGCUGGUUCUGAUGAGAAAAUUCUCCCCCCCACUAAAAUGUCCAGCUUCUACAGCUCUAUUAGCAAUAGUGAGCAUUGUAGUCUGUCCCAUACCAUUUUAAACAAGGUCUUCUGACCAAAAUGCAACAGGUUUGAGCUUGCUGGUGGAGCUGCACCUUUGUUACCAAAAAGGGGGAGGGAGCAGAGGAAAGCCUAGCAUAGAUACAGUUUAGACUGGAUAAAUCAUUAGUGUACUUGUAGCAGGAAACAGUCUUGGUCUAGCAUGCUGAAGGACCAGAUAAGCUAGGUCUCCUGCAUCCCUAACACAUGGGUAUCAAGUUUCUGAUGAUAUCUUUAAAAGGAAGGACCAAAUUCUGAGGCACUCGGCUUCCAGGGUCCUAUUCGACUGGGCUAAAGAGUGGCAAAGAAGAGCUUGCCUUUUCCAGAUAGACCAGACAUAAAAGGACCUCAGUGCCCAUUCCCUCCCUUCUCUUUCCAAGGCCUAUCAAGACCUGCCCUGGUUCCACAGCACUGGUUCUUCUACUUUUUCUAGUGACCAUCCCAAUGAAGAAACUACCCCUCCACACAUGCCUAUACUUCUCAUAGUACCAUGCUUCUCCUUCUCUACCAGACUGAAUCAAGGAAGAUUGUAUAUAUGAAAUGGACUUCCUAUUUAUGCACCAACAUGAAGAGCUGUUUCAAUAGACUAGUCUACGAAUGGAAAAAGAAUUGACCGACCUAGGAACUCCUAUUUGUUGGGACCUAGAACAGAGUUGUAAACAAGAAAGUUAAGACUGCUGCCACUGCCAUGGUUGCUAAUGUUGCUAACACUAAGGGAAUUUUUUUUGUGUGUGCAUAAAUCAGAAAAAAAAUGCCUUGGUACAGUUAACAGGGACAUCUAGUGAGCAAUUGUGGUACAGCUUCCGUACAGCGUAGUAUCUCCCAAAGACUAUUUCUGUUACUUUCUUUUAGUAUUUACAAGCAUCUGCAUGAACUUGGGACACCAUGUACGUUGCACUUCCUGGCCAUACAAAUUUCGUGCAUCAAGUAGAAAUGCUAAAAAUAUUUGAGUUGGUGAUAUAUGUGAUGAUUAAAAACCUGUAGAGAAUGAUAGAAUCUGGAGGCAGAGUCUAAUUGGAGGUAGAAGUCUGAAGAAUCGCAACCUACUUGCCAAGGCUUCUUUCAAGUGCUGCCCUCCAGCCUGCACAGGGGAAGCUACUGAAUAGCUAAAAUUCCAUGUUGUCCUCAGAUGCUCAUGCCCAACACUGAACUUGUAACUCAGAAGCAUCUGGCUUGUUGGGGUAAUUUUAUUUUAGCCUAGUGAGUAGGUGAUAGGAGAGCAGCUUUCUUACUUUGGGGACAGGGAAAGCGAAAGUGCUGCCCACAGAGUUCUGCAGAUCAGGCCAGGCCGGAUGGCACUGCUCUGCUCAAGAUGGAGUAUUGCAUGCAUUGACCAAUGGUCAUUCUUUCACACCUGUCACUAAAUUUGGGCAGUUGCAGCCUGCACAACUGCAUGUUCAUUAAGUGGAACAUAUUGGCUGUAGCUGUUGACAGGGCCUUUGGAAAAGCAAAUGUUGGAGAUUCCCCAUCUUUGGAGGGAGAGUGGUAUAGAAGGUUAGACAUGGGGAAAGAAAUACUGGCAGUAUGAGAAAGGUAGGUAAAGUUGACCACAGCAAUAGAGAGAAUGUGGUAGAAAAUGGGGACUGUGUGGGUGAGAAAGAGGAAAUAUCUUCUUACUGUCUCUCAGGGCUGGUGUAGGAUUAAUUCAGCUAGAACAGCAUCAUCUGAUUGGGAAGUAUCAUUUCAUUGCUCAGAAAUCACCAUCAAGUAGGCCAUGGAUGAGCUUCUGUUGCAGUGGUGAAGCAUCCUGUAUGCUCUGCUGGCCAUUGAACAGUCUAAAUCUAGUUUUAGUUUCUGAAGGCACUGAGCUCAUCAGACACCCUAAGUCCAUCUCUGCUUCCUGCACAGUGCAGGUUUCUCUUUGCUGAAUUUUCAACUAUGUUCAACUCUGUGGAUAGUAUGAGCUUUAGAUCUAUUCUCUUGUGUGCUUGCUGCCCCCUCCAAAUGCUCAGUGACCUGGACAGAACGAACGCUGGAGUACAGACUGCAGCUCAUGGGGGGGGGGGGGGGGGGGGUGAUUUGAUGCUAGUCAGGAUGAAGUCCUGCUCCCUAACAAAGGUAAAGGACAUGGGAUGGUGAAUCAGGUGUGUGUCUAAGCCCCAUUACAUUAAAAUGCUUUUAUUUUAAGCUUGGUUUCUAAAUUCUGACUUGACAUGCUGUUAUUGUCAUAUACUCUAGUGCUAUCAUCAUCACCCUUAGGGAGAGCAUGAGCCAGAGGACAUACAAACACGCAAGCCUGUGUGAUUCUACUAAAUGGGAAGGAGUUCAUGCAAUCCUCUCUGCCUGGCAGUCAUGACAUAUUAGCUGAAAGAGAACCUCCAACACUAUGUCUAAGUGACCCUAGAAGUGGCUGUGAGAUGAAUUUUUAGCAGCUGAUGGAUGGCCUCCAUGGCUGAUUUCCUGUGGCUGGUGCCAGAAAGCUGACAAGCCUUGCUGGUUGCCUCCUUGGCUUUGGCUAAAAUGGGGAAUUAAGAGAUUGUGUAACAGAAUUAAAUGCUUUGGCAAGAAUAAGUCCAGUUCUAGCCACAGCUGGGAUGGUGUGUGCCCUUUGCUCCACCCACUCUAAUGACAAGUUGGGGUUGGCAUGGCAAUUUUUUGCUGAGAAAUUGUGUUUGCUCACAUAUGCCUGGCACAGGUGGUGCCCAGGGGAACAAUAGAUAACAACUAAGAGGUCCUGUAGACUGGUAGCCAAGCAGAGAGUUUGGGGUUGAAAGCACCUAGACUUUAGUCCCAACUCUACUACUGAUGACCUUAGACAAGGCAUUUUUCCUUCAUGGGCAUGUUUUCCCAUCUGUAAAAUCAGGAGUGUGGGCCCAGUUCACCUCCUUGGGAAAGGAUGAGAAGUAAAGGAGGUACAUGGAAUAACAGACUCUUUGUACAGCCCUGUACAUUGCUGAGAGGAGUAUUGUUUUCUGAAGGCUUGUGUACUGCAACAGAGAUGGGCCUAGAUUUAUAAGGCUGGUUUCUGCAGCUGCCCCUGCCGUGGGCAGAAACAAAACCUGUCUUUGUACAAUCCCAGAAUUAGUUACCCUCACCCUCAGUGAAGUCCAGCAGAUUUGAGCAGUUGGUAUAAAGGAGAAAGGGUAUCCAUUUCCAGUACCCGUGUCUUAGCCUGUCAGCUUUUUCUGCCUGUUAGGUGUGUUGGCUGCCGUUUAUACCUCAUCCUAGCUGCUGUAACUGAGUUUAUUCCUCCUCUGGUGAGAAAGUGACUGUACGUAAGCUAAAAUGAACCACCACCUAAAUAAGUGAAAAUUAAAAACGUGCCACUUCACUGUCACAA